AUGCCUGGGAUCGUGGACGACAAGUCGCAGCACUGCAUCCCCUUCCUUCUUGAUCGCCUGCGUGUUCAUACCGAGCGGCACCGCGGCAAUCCUACCCCGCCGUUCUUUAUCGGCCUCAAUGGUGUGCAGGGUGCCGGCAAGACUGUCCUGGUGUCCGCUCUCAAUGAUACCUUGCGUUCAGAACCAUACUCGCUCUCCGUCGUGACACUCUCGCUCGACGAUAUCUAUCUUACUCAUGCCGAUCAGGUUAAGCUAGCGCAAGCGCAUCCUGCAAACCCGCUUUUGCAGCAUCGUGGCCAGCCUUCGACCCAUGACCUCGAUUUGGGUGAGGAAGUGUUUACUUCACUCGCCGCCGAGCGUCCAACCGCCAUACCGCAAUACGAUAAGUCAGCAUUCGAAGGCCAGGGUGACCGUGUACCGAGAGAACAAUGGAAGGUUAUCAAUGAAGAGGGUCAGGAAAAGGUUAAGGUUGUGAUCUUCGAGGGAUGGUGUGUCGGAUUCCGCGCAUGGGACGACCACAGCCUGCGCGCAAAGUGGGAGGCUGCCGUGCACCAGAAGGAAUCUGGCGAGUAUAAUGGACGGCUAGGCCAUGUCCAAUUUGAAGAUGUCAAGGCCGUGAAUGAUGCGUUGAAGCGAUAUGAUGUCUUAACCGACAAGCUUGAUGCUUUGAUUCAUAUCGAUGCGGAAAAUCCUCGUUUUGUCUAUGAAUGGCGUCAGGAACAGGAACGCACUCUUCGUGCUGCCAAAGGCACCGGAAUGACCGAGGAACAGGUCAACCACUUCGUGGACGGCUAUUACCCAUCUUAUGAGCUUUUUACGGAAACCCUCCGCGAGGGCGCUUUCAAGCCUGCUCCCAAUAAUUCAUCGGAAUCGGCCUCGGAUUGGCAAGGUCGACAGCUUCGUCUUGUUGUAAACCGUGAUCGGAGAGUCCAAAAGGUCAUCACCAUCUGA